AUGACCCCACAGUCCCCCUUGGCCCGUUCAGGGUUGCUUUGGCGGUUGUUUUCGUCAUCACGUAAUCGAAAAGCUGGUUCAGAGGAAUUAUUAAUUCAUCCUGAGAUGGCUCAGCCCAACCCACAGAUUGCUGCAGCUGCAGCCCUUAAAGGGCCUGCAAAACUGGCCGCUGUUACAGGCCUGAUGGAGAAAUUAACGCAGGAUCUCGAAACUGUUAGCUUGCUCCCUCAACAACGUGAUUCGGCCCUGGAAGAGCUCAAAAUUUACGGUAGAGACCCGAGAGAUGCAGAUCCUAUAUUUGCUAAAGAGGGCGUCGAAACACUUACUCGACAUGCAUUCAAUAGCCCGUCAAGUGCCACAUCCAGAAAUGCUAUGCGAGUCCUAUGCAAUACACUCUUUCUAAAAGAACAGGCGCGGCAGGUAUUCGUUAACCUCGGAUAUGAAGCCAAGCUGUGCGAAAAGCUAAAAAGCGAUAACCGUGAUGAUGAGUUUUUAGCAUCUAGGUUACUCUUUUUGACAACAUAUGGCACCAACAUGAAUUUGGCCGAACUUAUCGACAAACAUCAAUUGGCAGACUCUAUCAAUAAGAAUCUUGAGCGACACGCGAAACGGUAUAGUGCGCAAAAUUCGAGUACGGAUCCUAUGGAAGUAAUGGCACUCACCGAAACAUUAAAACUUCUCUUUAAUGUCGGACAUUACUGUAGCUCUCGAAUCUCAUCAUUUACCGCGGCUAUACCACACAUUGUCACUAUCUUAUGCAAGGGCUCAUUCCCAGCCCUGAAACCCCUAGAUCCUCCAACUGGCUCAUUAAUCCAUGCCCUCCUCAACUUGGAAAUUGGCUCCAAAGACGUACAGGCCUCCUUAUAUCCUCAAAGCGAUCCAGGCAUUUUGGCAAACCGUUUAAUCGAAUUGCUGGGUCGUGCGACAAAGGCGUAUAGCGAGGGAGAGCUAGAAUCAACAGUCACACCCCUACUCGGCGUGAUUUCUUCAAUCCAUGAACACGCACCAACAGAUGUAAAGUACACAAUACAUACGAAGCUUCUACCAACAGAAGACGAUAGAGCUCAGGUUCUUGGUCGAUCUGAAUCAUUACCAUCAUGGCUCCUGAAGAAUUCGACGAAUCCCUUGGCACCUUCAUUACGCGAAACGGUAUCAAACUUAUUCUUCGAUAUGUCAGAUAAAGACGCAUCGAAAUUCGUUGAAAAUGUGGGGUAUGGCUUUGCAUCAGGGUUCUUAUUCAAUAGGAAUAUGCCAGUCCCUCAAAAUGCUUCCGAAGCGUUUAGUACUGGGGGUAACAGACCUGUUAAUCCUAUUACUGGUCAAUUUCUGGACAGGGAACGACAACCUGAUGCCCCUCCUAUGACCGAGGAAGAGAGGGAAAGAGAGGCGGAGAGGUUAUUCAUCUUGUUUGAAAGGUUGAGAGCAAACGGAAUUAUAUCGGCUGAGAACCCGGUAAGGACAGCCGUUGAGCAAGGCCGAUUUGAGGAAUUACCGGAUGACUACCAAGAAGAUGUAGACUAA